UAUAUAUAUAGUGAUUCUUAGUGGAAGGGUACCUACACAUCCAAGACAAGAAUGGCCUCAAAAUCAACCAUCAAACUCCUUACCUUCUUCUACUUCAUGCUUUUCAGCUUCAUUCAAUUAAGCAGCACUGUGUUAUCAAAGAGUAGUACUCAUCAUACAAGCAUAUGCAAUGGUUCCAUAGGUGAAUGCAAUCAAGAAGAUGAAGAAUUGAUGGAGUCAGAAAUAAGCAGAAGGAUUCUGGAACAGAGAAGAUAUAUUUCAGAAGGAGCUCUUAAGAGAGAUAAACCAGUUUGUAAUGGUGGUGCUGGUGGUGAAGCUUAUAGUAAAUCUGAAGGGUGUAUUCCACCACCUUCAAAUCCUUAUAAUAGAGGAUGUUCUAAGUAUUAUCGUUGUAGGUCUGAUUCUUGAAUUGAAAGGUUCAUGCAAACAUCUUCUUUUGUUGUUUUCCAUUAAAUUUUAUGGACUUUUUUUUUUUUUUUGUGUAUUUGGAAAUUUUAUGAGAUUUUACAA